UGGGAUUCUUUCCAACGUGUUGGAUCAAAUCACUACUUCCUGUUGGGUUAACCCUCGAAAUGGAUCUCGUUGCAGGAGUUAGGAAAGAGGGCAGCCGCGGCGGCCGCGGCGAUUUCAAAUGGUCCGAUGUCAAAGAUUCCGCGCAUCGCGAGAACUAUCUCGGCCACUCAGUCAUGGCGCCUGUCGGACGCUGGCAGCAGGGAAAGGAUUUAAUGUGGUACGCAAAGGGAGACGGUGAUGACGAAGAUCAGGCCAGAAGGGAACGUGAGGAGAAACAGCGCGUCAAAGAAGCUGAAGAAGAAGCGAUGGCACGAGCUUUAGGUCUUCCGAUACCGCCGAAGGCGUCAGACAAUGCCAACUUGGUGCCUCUUGGGGACAAAGAUGGACAAAGGACUAUAAAGGAGGAGGCUACAGAAGAUCGCGAUGAGGAAGAAGGAAAGGGCCUUGGCGAGACCGCCCAGGCGACAGAGAUAGGGACAGGGACAGGGAACGAGAGCGCAGGCAUCGCAGGCAUGGUGAGGAGCGCGAGCGACGUCAUCGGAGUCAUCGCCACAGAUCUAGAAGUAGGUCGCGCGAUCGCGAUCGCGACCACAGAAGAAGACGCUCGCGAUCACGGUCAAGGAGUAGAGACCGGAGACGUGACGACCAUAGGAGACCGCGAGAGGAUCGUCAUCGUGCUCUCCCGAGAGAAAGGGAUUCACCCGACCACCAUCGACGACGCUGAAAUUAGGGUCGCCAUUCUUCGAUUUGCAUGGUAUUCUCGGCGUUUGGGAUUUAACAUUGUACAGACUUUGAUGAUACUCCAGGAUAUCUAA